AUGUAUGGAUUAACUGCUUGUAACAUUCAGCGACUCACAGCACCAGACGUUUAUUUAUAUGUCUCGAAAGCACUGGCAUCCGGACGAUGGUGGCCGCAGCCAUUGCGAGAUACAUUUUGUCGCUCUAAUAGUAUGUCCUAUUACUUUACUGAUAUAAGGAAAUUGAGGAAUUCGGAUCCUUCUGAAGAAAUGGAAAAGGCAAUAGCCACUACUAAUAUUACUAAUGAACCAGCUGUUUUUACAUCCACAAAAAGCGAAGAAGAACUGUCGGAUAUUGAUAGCUUCCUUAACUUGCCACAUGAAAUGGCAGCACCUAUAUAUGCUAAAUCACGUGGAACUGGUAAAAAUAUUUACAAGACAGAAAUUGGUGAAGAUGGACAAAUUAUAGCGAACUAUGUUUUAUUCGAAGAUUCGAUGGCAAAGGCGAAGGUAGCAUGGCAAACAUAUUCAGAAAUGACGGCUGAGGAACGUGACAUUUAUAUGGCGCAUUUGAAGGCCGUCCGAGAGCGACGGUUUUCGUAUAAAGAUCCAAACAAGGGUUUUCCGGUAAUGACUGUAGCGCAACAUCUGUUAAGAGGAGAAUGUUGCGGCAGCGGUUGUCGUCAUUGUCCCUUCCAACAUGAAAAUGCUGAAUUGCAGAUUAGAAAGUCAAAAAUAUGGAAUGGUGCCUUUUACGUCUAG